AUGGCAGGUAAUCGCGGUUCCACUCGGGGAAGACCAAGCAAUGCAGAAGCAUACCUUAUCACCACCGUCGGAGGACUAGCGACAUUCGUUCAGAACAUGAGCCAGGAAUGGCGAAACUAUCAACAACAAAAUCAGAAUCAACCCCCGCCAUUCGACAAUGCAGAAGAAAUUGCCAGACGGAGAUUGAAGGAUUUCCGUAAUUUCCAGCCGCCUACUUUCGAAGGUGGAGAUGAUCCAGAGACUGCAGCUCGGUGGCUGCAGAUGAUUGAGCAUGUAUUCGAGCGCAUGAGAUGCCCCGAGGCUCAGAAAACCGACUAUGCAUCGUAUCAGCUGAUUGGAGAAGCACUUACUUGGUGGACUAGUGCAAGAGCUCUGCUGCGAGCUCAGAAUGUUGAAUUGACAUGGGCCGUGUUCAGGCGGGUUUUCCUGGAUAAGUAUUUUCCUCAGGCCAUGAGAAGGAUGAAACACUCCGAGAUGUUGGCACUGCGUCAGGACAACAUGACGGUUAAUGAAUAUAUCUCUAAGUUCGGGCAACUGAUGGAGUAUGCUAGCUUCGACCGCAACAUUUAUGAUGAACCAUGGCAGGUGGAGAAAUAUGAGAGCGGGUUACACCCAGAGAUCCGUAAGCUCAUGUUGACCACUGCAAAUCGGACAUUGCCUGAAGUGAUUAACCAGAGUAGGCAGGUGGAAGCAAUCAUCAAUGAGGCCAAGAACUUGAAUAAGCAACCAACCCAGUCUCAGGGAGGAAGCAAAGUUGGCCGAUUUUUCAAGAAGAUUACCGGAAUGGGAAGAGGCAAGAAUCCUCAGAUACAAGCUCGAGCCGGAAAUUUCAAGAAGAUCAAUGCUCCUGGUCAGACAUCUACUAGAAGACAGAAUUAUGCUUGCCCUUCUUGCGGGAAGAACCACACUGGAGUGUGUCGUCGAGCAAAUAACUUGUGCUAUGCUUGUGGACAGUCAGGACAUUUUGUUUCCUAUUGCCUGCAGAAUCCUAGCAAGAACCCUACUCAAGCUCAGGUAUUCACCCUUGACGCCAAUGAAGCUCAGAAAUAUCCGAACCUGAUCAAAGGUAACGUGAUUUUAAAUAGUUAUCCUAUGUCUGUUAUUUUUGAUUCGGGAGCAUCGGGCUCUUUUAUUGCAAAGCACACCGCUCUAAGAAUAGGCAUUACCCCGGCUCCUUUGCCCUACGAGUUGAACAUCAGUACUCCUACUGGAGGGUCUUGUACAGCCUCAGAGAUCUCCCGAGGUGUUAUUCUACAAUUUGAAGGAAACACGUACACCGUGAGCUUGGUGGUCCUACCGGUAUUCAACUUUGAGGUGAUUAUCGGAAUGGACUGGUUGUCGGAGAAUGGAAUGACGCUAGAUUGUCAGGCAGGGAAGGUCAUUGUUCCUCCGAGAGAUGGUAAUUCUUCUUCGUUCUCUACUAUUUCAUUAUUACAGGUUAGGAAGGAGCUCCUUCGGGGAGCUGCCGGAUAUUUGUUGUUAAUUGAGUCCGAGACUUCAGUUGGCAAAUCAAUUCAGGAUGUACCUGUUGUCAAUGAAUUCAAGGAGGUGUUUCCAGAUGAAAUUCCUCGAUUACCCCCUCAUCGGGAAAUUGAAUUCCCCAUUGAACUUAUUCCCGGAGUUGGACCUAUAUCCAUUGCUCCGUAUCGUAUGGCACCUUUGGAACUCAGAGAAUUGAAGAAGCAGAUAGAAGAGCUGCUGGCAAAGGAGUUCAUUCGACCUAGUACCUCACCAUGGGGUGCUCCAGCAAUCUUGAUUAAGAAGAAAGAUGGUAGUCUGCGUCUGUGUGUAGAUUAUCGUCAGCUGAAUAAAGUGACUGUGAAGAAUAAGUAUCCACUUCCAAGGAUUGAUGAUUUGAUGGACCAGCUAAGAGGUGCCAGAGUCUUUUCUAAGAUAGAUCUGAGAUCGGGAUAUCACCAAAUCUGGGUCAGACCGGAGGAUAUUCCGAAAAUAGCUUUCCGUACUCGUUAUGGUCAUUACGAGUAUCAACUACAUGCAGAACAUCUAAGGAUAGUUUUGCAAAUUCUGAAAGAGAAGCAACUGUAUGCAAAAUGGUCAAAGUGUGAAUUCUGGCUCGGUGAAGUUCAGUUCUUGGGACACGUGAUUUCAGCAGAAGGUAUUGCGGUUGACCCCAGCAAAGUGGAAGCUGUCAUGAAUUGGGAUCGACCCAGAACCGUCACUGAAGUACGUAGUUUCUUGGGUCUAGCAGGUUAUUACCGAAGAUUUAUCCAGAAUUUCUCACGUCUAGUGCAGCCUCUUACUCGUCUAACUCGAAAGGAUGUACCUUUUGAUGGACUGAAGAUUGUGAAGAAUGUUUCCUGGAGCUGA